CGCGACGCGUCGACGCGCGCGACCCGAAAUGCCGCCGCGCGUGAAGAAAAUCAAGCGCGAGUACGCCGACGCCGAUGCCGGCGACGCGGACUACGACGCGGUGUCCUCGGGCGAGGACGACGCGGCGGAGAUCACGAUGAAGAUUACGAAGAAGAAGCGGGCGCCCAAAAAAGUUAAAACGGACGACGGCGACGCCGAGGGCGGCGCGCGGGUCAAGGCGAAGGACGAGAACGCGCCGCAGAAGAUCGGUUUCGACAUCACCGCCGGACCGAUUCAGGACGAGGGCUUGCACGCGAAGUAUAACGCGAUGAAUCUGGACGAGCUGAAGCAGUACAUGAAGAUGAAUCGAAUGCCGAGCAGCGAGGUGGGACAGAAGAAUAAACGAAUCGUGUAUAAAAAGGCGGAUCUCGUGGCGCACUGCGUGGAUGGGGAGAAGUGGGGACGGUAUCCGUUGUGUCCGAAUUGUGGGAAACGAGGGACGACGACGCUGCGGGUGACGUAUGCGGAUGAGAAUCACGGAGGUCAGGGAACGUGGAAGUGCGUCGGGUACUACGAUACGGUUUUGCAGAGCGUGACGCGGUGCUCGUUUAAUUACAAGGAAGAUAAGGAUGCACCGCGGGAGCGAUUGCCGUGGCGUAAGCCCGGAGAUGAGAUGUCGGACGACGAGCAAGAUGACGUGCAGGCGGGGAUGGACAAGCCCGUGGUGUUUCCGGACGACAUGCACGCGAUGGCGCCGAUGGAGAUGUCGAAGAAGAUGGUGGAGAUUUGCCGCGAGCACGGGUUGCAGUUACCCAAGGCGGAGAACGAAGCUUUACGAGAGUGCUACACUAAGCUCCAGGCGUCGAUGAAUUACGACGACGAAUACGACAUCAAAACUGCGUUCAAUUUGCUUAAGGAGGCGUACCCGCCGUUGACCAAGGAGCAACAAGCCGGCGGCGCCGACGCGAAGAAUCCCGCGAAUACGAAGCUAUGCCAAGCGCUCGAAGCCAUCUUCCAAGCCGCGAAGACCUCACCCGAAGAACCGAUGAAGUCGGCCUCGUAUCGCAAAGCCGCACAGUCCAUCCGUGAGAUUGAUUUCGAAGUCACGAGUGGCAUCGCGAUUAGCAAAGGCAAACUCAAGGUGCCAAACGUCGGCCCGUCGCUCGGCGCGCAAAUCGAGUUUUGGAUCAAGAAUGGCUACUUCGAGCGCAUGGAAUACUACGAACGAGGAGAAAUCCCGCCGUCGUCGAAGAAAUGAACACGAACAUGACGCAAAGCGCGCGCUUUACUCUACAAUACGGUACAACAAAAAUCUCCUAGCGAUGAAA